AUGGCAGCCCACCAGGAUUCCCUGGCUCACGAGCCCCAUGACGACCUCGAGGUCAAGCAUGAUGCCACCGACCAUCAGGUCGAGCAUGUACGAAACUCUGGCGACCAGACGCCAUCCAUUCAUGUGGAAACGGAGGGCAUCACGCUCAAGACAUGGGUCGUCAUCUUUAUCCUCUCCGCCACGUUUGGUCUCAGCUUCUGGCCGGUCCCAACGACGGCUGCGAUGCAAGCUGGCCUGGCCGCCCAGUUCGGGGAGCCACAGUCCCUCGUUUGGUUCGUCCCUACCUACACGACGGCCACCUCCAUCGGCUUCAUUCUCGCCGGCACCAACAGCGAUCUGUUUGGCCGCCGCAUCUUUCUCAUCUUUGGCAACGCCGUCUGCAGCGUGGGCUUCAUCGUCACUGCGACCGCGCGCUCCUCGACGCACUUUAUGGCCGGCCUGGGCGUCACCGGGUUUGGCGCCGGCUUCUGCCAGAUGGCCAUGUGCGCCCUGCCCGAGCUCAUGCCCAACAAGUACCGCCACAUUGGCAUCUGUCUGUCGGACGGCUUCGUCUUUGCCAUUGUGGUCAUUGGGCCCAUUGUCGGCCGGUACGCCAUCGACGCCGGAGAGAGAAACUGGCAGUACGUGUUCUGGGCUGGCUUCGUCCUCCAGUUCGUCACCAUGGGCGGCUCCAUUUGGAUGUACCACCCACCAAAGCACCCGCGUGGUGUGCCGUGGGCAGAGGCCCUCAGGGGACUCGACUAUGUGGGCGCUGCCUUGAUCGUGCCCGGUAUAUGCCUGACACUCGUCGGCAUUAUCAACACGACAUACAAAGCCGGCAGCGACGUGACCGUCAUCGCCCCCCUCUGCACCGGCCUGGGUCUCCUUGUCCUGUUCGCGCUGUGGGAGAACUUUGGCAACGUCAAGUAUCCUCUGUGCCCGCCCGAGAUCUUCCGCACGCACAAUGGGCGCGAGUUCACCGCCCCCUUCAUCCUGGCCUUCAUCGUCACCAUGUUCUACUAUGGCAUCAACAUCAUCUACCCAACCAUGAUCAACACCUUCUACGUGGGCCCAAACACGUCACGCAGCGAGGAGAUGCUCCUCACGCUACCAAACAACCUGGGCUUGGUCUUUGGUGCCGUUCUACUCAGCUGCUUUGGCAAUCUACUCGGGCACUGGAAGAUCACCCUGACGGUCGCCUGGGUCGGCAUGUCCCUCUUUGGAGGGCUCCUUGCUCUCGUGACACCCUUCAACAAGGGCACCAUGAUCGCCUUUGCCUUUUUGGAGCAAAUGUUCUUUGGUUGGGCACAGUACGAGAGUAUCGCCUUCACACAGCUCGGCGUCAAGCAGGUCGAUCUGGGCAUCUCCGGUGGUCUGGCCGGCGUGGCCCGUUAUGCCGGCGGCUCGCUGGCCCAGGCCAUUUACACCACCAUUCUCACCAACGAGCAAACAUCAAGGGCGGCGCGUACCGUGCCUGCGGCAGCCGAGGCUUUGGGUCUGGGGCCACAGGAGGCACAGCAGCUGCUGGCCGCCAUAUCGACGGGGGCAACAGACGCCAUUGCCGAGAUUCCAGGCAUCACGGACGAGAUUGUUGCGGCUGCCUCGACGGCCUUCAAGUGGGCGGUCGCCCACGGUCUCAAGAUCACGGCCCUUUCCUCGUUGGCGUUUGCGGGUGUUGGCCUGGUCUGCUGUCUUUUGCUGGAGAAUAUUGACCACAAGAUGAACAACAAGACAGAGGUGUUCCUCGAGAAUGACGUGAAUGCGGAGAAGAAUGUGUACCACUGA